CCCCAAUCGACUGCUUAACCUUGCUCGCAAAAGUCCUGAACCUCAACUACCCCAAGAAAAAAAAAACGCCAUUCAGGAAAGACAAUUCUCAACACCAGUCGCUUCCCUCCGAGACAACAAUGGCAUCAACUACUGAAGCUGCUCACCCGGCGAGCCUUUCCCUUCCACGCCCCAUUUUCGCCGCCGUCUCCCCGCAUCCUUUUCUCCAAGCCCAUCUCUCCGCCUCCAAAUCCCGUCAACGCGCCAACGGCCGUACCGCUCACGAAUUCCGCGCGCCGCUAGUAAAUACAGGAAGUUUAACACAUUGUAACGGGAGCGCUGUCGUGAGAUUGGGCAAUACGAGCGUUGUAUGCGGUGUGCGCGGCGAAUUGCUAAAGGCGGAGGACGCCCAAGGCUACACUUACACACCGCCCUCAAACGGAGACAACGAUGACACAGAGGAAGAUGAUUUGGAAGAGGAACGAAAGGAGCUGUCAACACUUCGUCUGCUCGUCCCCAAUGUCGAACUCAGCACCGGCAGCACCCCCGCCUAUAUCCCCGGCAACGCGCCGUCGUCUACAGCGCAAACCCUUCUCACGCGUUUACAUUCCCUCCUCCACUCCACCUCGCUCAUCCGCGCCCGCGACUUACGCAUUACCUACACACCUCCCUCCUUUUCUGAUCCAUCCGUCCCUGUGGAAGAGCAAGAGCAAGCAGACGACGAGCUGAAAGCUUACUGGACCCUCUACAUCGACAUCUUCUUCAUCUCCAUUGAUGGUUCUGCAUUUGACGCCGCCUGGCUCGCUCUUCUCGCCGCGCUGCAAAACACUCGCCUCCCCGCCGCAUCAUGGGAUCCCGACUUCGAGACCGUGCUAUGCGACGACGAUCCGAAGAAGGCCCGCGCCCUCGCGCUCCGCGGGUUACCCGUACCUGCUUCGUUUGCUGUCUUCGAGGGGCGCGGUGAUUGGGAUGAGAGCGGCGAUGACAAAGACGUAGAGGAUUCCUGGGUUCUGUCUGACCCGGAUGCGUUCGAGGAGGGCGUUUGCAGGGAAGCUGUGUGCUUAGUUGUGGACUGUGGUGGUACGGGGAAGAGAGGAUCUGCGACCGAUGCGGUGGUGAGAAGGGUCGAGAAGAAUGGAGGUGCAGUUGUUGGGAGGGGGGAGAUGAGGUCGUUGGUGAUGAGGGCUGCUGAGAGAUGGGAAGCUGUUAAGAAGGCGCUUGCGAGUGUUUGAGAAAUGCCUGGCUAUGACCGGACAUCUCGACUGUGCUGUCCGUGUGCUUUUGCCCCUUCCAUUUGCCAU